AUGGGGAAUCAAAUGCAGAAGAGUAUCUCAGAUAAGGGUUAUCAGUUGCAAACUUGUUACACGUUCGAGAUAGAUAAUUUCUCCCUGAAUAAAUAUUCGAUAAAGUCUCCAAGGUUCUUAUGUGGAGGGUGUGAAUGGUAUCUUCUAGUUCAUCCCAAGGAAACCAGAUUUGAUGAUCACUUGAGUGUGUACCUAUGCGUUUAUAAUCCUAAGUCAUUGCGAACUGGAUGGCAAAGGAAAGCUAACUUUCGAUUCACUCUCUUGAACUCGAACCAAUCCGGAAAUGUCCUCAACAGCGCAACUGAAAGGUCAUGCUUAUUCUGCGCUCAGUUCUCAUCCUGGGGUCAUAAGACAUUGCCACUUAGCAAGCUUAAAGAAGAAGAGUUUUUGGAAAAUAGCAAACUGUUCAUUAAAGUCGACGUAAAAGUAGUUGACAUUGUUCAUGAAGCAGAGAUAACUGGAAAGGAGACGUUAUUUCUCAAGGGUUUUGACGUUCUUUAUAGUCAGUUUGAUUCAGUGCACAAAAUUUUCGAGAAACACCCAAACAUUGCUAUUGAUUUCAAACCAAAGGACAAAGGUGUGAAAGCAGCAUACAUGAAUCUUCUUCUCAGCCUCAUCGAGACACUGCGCAAGCCUCUUCGUAGCUUUUCUGAGACUGAGCUAAGCGACGCUGCUAGCCAGUUGAAUGAGCUAACAGAAGCUGGAUUCAAACUGGAUUGGUUAAAGACAAGGUUUGAGGAGAUUUACUUGGAGAGAAAGAAUGCAGAUGCUGAUAAAUCAAGGGCCCAAGAAGUGGAGGAACGCAUCAAGAACCUGGAGCUGACUUUGUCAGAUCUCAAAGUUGAACUAGAAAAGGAGAAGGCUAAAUCUGCUGCUGAUGCUACGUUUUUGUCUUUUGACGAAAUUGUUUUAGGUCAAAAAUAAAAGUUUGGAGGUUCAUGUAAUGUAUCUGGGAUUAGCUUGUUUUUUCAUCACUUUUCAACACAUGUUUGAGUUCAAGUGUUUGGUCGACGAAACAGAAAACCUUGAGGAAAAUUCUUGGCAGCAAAGGUGUUUUAUUUUACAAGCACCGAAGGGUUAAAAUAACAAAAGAUGCAAGGCCAUGAUUAUCGCAGUAUACUAAAUGGGGUUUUAAAGGUAUGGGUCUCGCGUGUUUUUUUUAAAAUCGGUUGUAGAAGUCACGAGAUAAGGGUCGACUUUGGAUAGUUUGUUUGCAAGUCCCACCGACACGUGGUGGCCCGUAAUUAGUUCUUUUUUAUUUUUUUAUUUUUAUUUUUAAAUCAAACAAAAGAAAAUUUUUUUUAAGAAACCCAAAACAAGUUGCACCGAUAAUAAUGUUCUAAGACUCUAAGAGCAUCAUUAUCCAUGGUUUCUAAUAAGUGAAAGAAACAUUUCUUAUAUCCGAGUACCCCGUAUUUCACUUAUAUUUACCCGAUUACUGUGGGCCAAGAAAAGGUCCAAUUAAGCCCAUAACUCUUUGGAAGCCUGACUGAAAAUGAUCGUUGAUGUGUGUGGGUUUUGGUGGUUCGUUUAUGAUUGUUUGUACUUUGUAUCAAUCACCCUUUCUGCACUGUAUCAUACAAAAGUUAAUUUAUCUAGUUGUAGGUAGAGGGUUCUCAAGUCUGUUAAGAAAGUAAUGAAGACAGAGAGUUUAUUUAUGAAAGUUGAUUGCAAACUGGUUAUCGAAUAUCCCACCUCAGAUAAGCGGGAAAUAUAUCAAAAACCUUGUAAGAUCUUGUGCCUGGUUACCUUAUUAGAAAAAAUAAUGCUGAUUUUCAGACUUUAUCUCGUGUCUAAGUAAAAUUAUUAAUAUAAAAAAAUAUUCUUGUACUAACAUUGAAAUUUAAAAGACCCGUAAAAGUAUAAUACCUCACUUUUUCUAAUAAAUAACUAGAUUUUGAUCCGCAAAUCUAUGCGGUUAAUUUUAUCUUAUAAAUAUAUAAUUUUUAUAUUAUAUUUUGUGUAUAAUCAUUUUUGAUAAUAUAAUAUUUUGAUUUUUAAAAUAACAAAUAGAUAAUAUAUAAUUGUAGAUAUAAAAUUUAACAUAUGUUAACAAUUUUAUUUUUUUAUAUAAAAAUAUUACAUAUAUUACUCACGAAUUUUAAUUCUUAUAAAUAGUAAAUAAUAUUUUAAUUUCUUUAAACGAUGAAUGAUAUUUUAUUAAUUUAUUUAAAUAAAAUUAUUAUUUUUAAUUAUGUUAACUUACCAAUUUAAUAUAAUUUUUAUAUUUAAUUCUUGUUAUUUCUAUUUUAAUGUAAUAUAGACCAUAAUUAUGAAAUUUAUUAAAAAAUAGCAUAUAAUUUUAUUUUAUUUUUAUAUAAAAAUUUAUUUAAAAUUAAUUUAUACUAAUAUUAUAUUAUUAAUUAUGAAAUUAAUUAAUACAUUAACUAAAAUAUUUAAAAACUUUAGUAAAAUUUUGUUAGAUCUUUUUCAACAGAUUUUAUGAUGACUAAAAGUGAAAUUUAAAUUCACGGUUAAAACUGAUUUAUUAUUAAUGUUUUUAUAAUUAUUUAGAUUUCUUAGAAAUUUUAUAUGUCUAAUGUAAAUAAUCAAAUAGAUGUAAUUGAUUACAUAGACCUAGUAUGAUUAUUUUAUACUCUCUCCAUUUCAUAAUAGAUGAAGUUUUGGUUGUUUGCACACAUAUUAAAAAAUUAUCUUUUCUAAACAAAAAAAUCAUUGAUAUAUAAUUUAAACUAAUUUAUUUAAUUAAAAAAUACAAUUGGUUGCAUAAUUUUUGAUAGAGUUAAAGUUACCUAGAUAUGUGAAAAUAUCACAUAUAUUAAAACGGAGAGAAUAGUAGAUAAAAAUUAUAUUUCUCUUUU